CCACACACCCCGCCUUCACACUCAGCUUCAACUCCAUCCAACAGUGAAAGUUUGCGCUUAGUUUCGUCUUAAGUCUUCGACGCAAAACCCAUUCGAGAUGAUACGAUCAUGAUAUACAGCAUACCAGCAUGACGUGAUUGAGUUGCGAGGAUCUAAACACAUCAUGCAGAAUGGACCAAAACACAGACAUCAAGUUUAAAACCACAGGAUCCUCGCUUUUAAAUCCAAUCAGUGAUCUGGUGGGAGUUCCGCUGGAUCAGGUGAAUUUCAUUACCUGUCAGCUGUUUGGACUGGCAGCGGCAGUCUGGUUUCGCUUGUAUCUCACUCCUCAGUUCACCACACCUGAGGUCAGACAUGCUGUUGCAGCUCUUCUUGGAGCUUCAUUCGUCAUCUUCAACUUUGGCUGGUAUGCCACACACGUCUUCGUUCUGGUGUUGGCUUGCUAUGGAGUUAUGCUCAAAGCCAGUGUCCACAAUGUUCACAGGUACACAAUGAUUUUAUCGGUCGGAUACCUCACAGUUUGCCAAGUGAGCAGAGUCUUCAUAUUCAACUAUGGUAUACUGUCCACAGACUUUUCAGGGCCUUUAAUGAUUAUAACACAGAAAAUCACCUCAUUGGCGUUUCAGGUGCAUGAUGGGAUGUGUCGAAAGCAGGAGAAACUUACAGAAGAUCAGAGACGUCUGGCAGUAAACUAUAAGCCAUCACUGUUGGAGUACCUUAGCUACAAUAUCAAUUUCCUGAGUAUACUGGUGGGACCCUGCAGUAACUUUAAGGACUACGUAGAGUUUAUAAAGGGCCAUCAUGCUCAGCACAGGCUCAGGAGAGUUAAAGACAGCAGCUCGCAGCACAACGGCUGGGACAGAAUGCCUGAGCCAUCGCCUGUGAACGCUGUGAUUAAAAAGCUUCUGGUAUGCAUUGGCUGUCUGUUAUGGUUCUUCAUCAUUACCAAAGCAUUCCCUAUAACUUACAACGUCGACGCACAAUUCAUCAGCGAGGCGUCAUUCAUUACCAGACUGGCCUACGCCUUCAUUUCCAUCCAGGCGGCCAGACCCAAGUUCUACUUUGCGUGGAGCCUCGCGGAUGCCGUUCAUAAUGCAGCUGGUUAUGGAAUCAGCGGUAUGGAUGAGAAUGGAGAAGUGUCCUGGGAUCUCAUCUCCAACGUUCACAUCUGGAAGAUAGAGACAGCAACAAGUUUAAAAUCAUUCAUUGACAACUGGAAUAUACAGACUGCUUUAUGGCUGAAAAGGGUGUGUUAUGAUCGAGCUCCAUAUUACCGUACACCCCUCACAUUUGUGCUGUCAGCCAUCUGGCACGGAGUUUAUCCAGGAUACUACUUCACUUUCAUCUCGGCUAUACCCGUCCUCUCCGCAGCUCGCUCUAUGCGCAGAAACUUCCGGCAGUAUUUCUUGUCUUCACGCCAGCUCAAGUUUUGUUACGAUGUUGUGACCUGGGCUGCUACUCAGUUUACCAUCUGCUAUAUUGUAAUGCCCUUCCUGCUGCUGGCAGUGGAGCCCACCAUGAUGUAUUACAGGUCAAUGUACUUUUAUGUGCAUAUCAUCAGCAUUCUGGCUAUGAUCCUCUUGCCCAGCAAACCCAGGGUCUCCAAGUCCGAAAGCAAUGGCCAGCACUCCAACAAUAACCUGAAGGAGAACUGAAUGAUCUGAUGUGUGUGUGUGUGGACAGAGAGAGCCGAGCCACAGGCGGACAAAGGCUACUUUGUGUGAAGCACAUACAAUGAGUUCAGCUGGGCCGAGCCAGCCUGGCACUGAGACAGCACACACACACACACAGUAUAUCUUGCCAGGGAUGCACUUCAUUCAAGCAAACCCACACUUGCUGUUAUUCAGGCACUGGAGCACAGAUCAGGUUUGAUUAUGCAGUAGUAAGUGCAUACUGUUCCAGCGCUGCACACGGUACAAUCGAUGCAAAUAUGUGACACCUUUACUAAGUAAAUUAAUGCUGCCCUUGUUGGAGGGUCUUUUAAAACUCACAGCGCUAGAGCCGUUAGAUAUUAGGUUAGUCAUUAGGUACCCAAAUGCAACCUAAUGUAUGUUGGGUAUAACCAUGUGAGGAUUUAAUUCUGACAUUGAUGAAUGUUUUGAUAUGUUUAUUUGUUUUUUUGAAGUAAUUUAUGUAUAAUACCUCAGUUUUGUGUUGUUGAGAUGUGCAUUUUGAUGAUGUGAAAUGACAAUGCAGUACUGAACAUUUAUGAAUAAUGAAGAUACUAUUGCAAAUAGUGAACGACUAAUCAAACGUGUAGACUUCCGUUAUUAGAGUCAUUGCGUGUGUUUGAAUGAUGAUCCCAAAAUAAACUACAGUUUUUUGAGUAGA